CUACAUCACUAGGCUAGUAAGUAAAUACCCACCUUCUUCUACAACCCUCUUUAUCCAACCAUACCAUAUAAAACCAACGGCGUUAUAAUUUAUAACCACCAAAAUCUCAAAACCUACCAACUCAUAACACACACAAAACAAAAACAUGUUCUCCCAUUAACCCAAAACCACCACCGGAAAAUGACAUCACCCCCACCACCACCACCACCACCACAUCUCCACCUUAUCUCCAUCAUCCUCCUCCUCACCAUCACCGUAACAUCACAAACAUUCUCAACCUCCGAACAAACAACCUUACUCAACCUUAAAAGAACAUGGGGAAACCCACCAUCCUUAACAAACUGGAACUCCACCACAUCACCAUGCACGUGGCCGGAGGUCCACUGCCGACACAACUGGGUCGUCGGACUGCAACUUAACAGCAAAAACCUCACCGGUUUAAUUCCGGGGUUCAUAUGUGAUCUCAGGAACCUUGAAAAUGUUAUUCUGCGUGAUAAUUUUUUGACUGGAGAGUUUCCUAGGGUGUUUUAUAACUGCUCGAAGGUUGUUGAGCUGGAUAUUUCACAGAACUUGUUCGUCGGAAGGUUGCCGGACGAUAUUGACCGGUUGUCGCGGCUUGAAACGCUAGAACUUGGAGCUAAUAACUUCACUGGUGAUAUACCUCCGGCCAUCGGGAAGUUAUCUGAGUUGAGGUUGUUACAUCUGUACCAGAAUUUGUUUAAUGGUAGUAUACCUCCAGAGAUUGGUAAUCUAUCUAAACUGGAAGUAUUAGGCCUGGCAUAUAACGAUUUUCCGGAUCCAGAAAUACCGUUAGAGUUCGGUAGAUUGAAGAAUUUGAAGACGUUAUGGAUGGCAGCAACUAAUCUAGUUGGUAAAAUACCAAAAUCAUUCUCGAAAUUGAUCAAUCUCGAAUCGUUAGAUUUGAGUUUAAACAAACUUGAAGGCGAAAUUGUUCCCGGGUUGUUUCUGUUGCGGAACUUAAGUGAUUUGUUCUUGUAUAAGAAUAAUUUAUCAGGACAUAUUCCGUUAUCGAUUCAGUGUUUGAACUUGAGGCGGAUUGAUAUCUCGAUGAACAGAUUAAACGGAUCCAUUCCUGAUGGUUUCGGCAAACUGCGAAAACUUGAGGUUUUGAAUUUGUACUCGAAUCAAUUUUCGGGUCAUAUGCCAACAAGUAUAGCUCAUAUUUCGACACUGACGAUUUUUCGAGUGUUUCGAAAUAACUUUACUGGAGAAUUGCCUCCAGAGUUUGGAGUUCACUCCAAACUCGAAGCAUUUGAGGUGUCCGAGAACAUGUUUUCUGGAAAACUUCCGGAAAAUUUAUGCAAAGGCGGUUGUUUGAGAGGCGUCGUUGCCUUUUCAAACAACCUCACUGGCGAAUUGCCGAGAUCACUCGAAAGAUGUGAUAGGAUUGUCACUAUCCAACUCUAUGAUAACGAGUUUACCGGUGAGAUUCCUUUAGGAAUCUGGACUUUAUCAAAUAUUUCGAGUUUGAGGCUCUCCGGGAACUCGUUUUCGGGUGAGCUUCCGCGUAAAGUUGGUGGGAAUCUCUCUAGAUUAGAAAUUAGUAACAACAAGUUUUCGGGUAGAAUUCCGCCGGAGAUAUCAUCUUGGGUGAAACUCAAUGUGUUUAAAGCUAGUAAUAACAAGUUUUCAGGCGAAAUACCGCCUGAAUUCACUGCUCUUUCGGAGCUAACCGUUCUUUAUCUUGACGGAAACUCACUUUCUGGUGAGCUUCCGUCACAGAUAAAGUCGUGGAACUCGCUAACCAUUUUGAAUCUGGCCAGAAACAAACUCUCUGGCCAGAUUCCGGCCUCGUUAACUUCUUUACAAGAUCUUCUCGACCUUGAUCUAUCGGAAAAUCAGUUUUCGGGCCAAAUUCCACCACAAUUUAACAAUAUGAGGCUUACCGCUUUGAAUCUUUCUUCCAACAAGCUCACCGGAAUAAUCCCGCCAUCUUACGAUAACAUGGCUUAUGAAAACAGUUUCCUCAACAACCUUAACCUUUGUUCUGCAUCCCAAAUCUCCAAUAUCGGAAACUGUUUUGUCAAAACCGCACACUCGAACAAAUUCUCACCGAAAAUCAUAUCCAUGAUCAUAAUAGCAUCAGCAUUGGUUCUACUUGCAGCCGUCAUGUCAACGUUGUUUGUGUUCAGAGACCGCGUAAAGAAGCAGCCGAAACGAACUCGCACAAUAUGGAAACUGACCUCAUUCCAAAAAAUGGAUUUCACAGAAGCAAACAUUUUAUCAUGCAUGACCGAAGCGAAUGUGAUCGGUAUUGGUGGUGCGGGGAAAGUGUAUCGAAUCGGGGUUGGUCAACCGCGUGGUUACGUUGCUGUGAAGCGUAUUUGGAACAAGUUACUAGACCAAAGUCAAGAAAAUGAGUUCACAUCUGAGGUUUUGAUAUUGGGUUCGAUUCGUCACUCGAACAUAGUAAAACUACUAUGUUGUCUAUCUAGUCAGAACUCCGAGCUUCUGGUUUACGAGUACAUGGUGCACCAGAGUCUAGACAGAUGGUUACAUGGGAAGAAGAGAAAAUUGGAGCCCGGUUCGGUUCCGGGGUUUGUUCUGGACUGGCCCAGGCGGCUGCAGAUUGCGAUCGGUGCAGCCCAAGGGCUUUGCUAUAUGCAUCAUGAUUGUUCGCCGCCGAUUGUGCAUAGAGAUGUGAAAUCAAGCAAUAUAUUGUUGGAUUCGGAAUUCAAAGCGAAGAUUGCGGAUUUCGGGCUUGCGAAAUUUUUGGAAAAGCAGAAGCCUGGUGAGGAUGAUAUGUCUUCCAUUGUUGGCUCAUUGGGUUACUUUGCUCCUGAGUAUGCAUACACAAGUAGAAUAAACGAGAGAAUAGAUGUUUAUAGCUUCGGCGUGGUCCUACUUGAACUUGUAACGGGAAAAGAAGCUAACGAAGGGGAUGAAGAUUUAAAUCUAGCCGAAUGGGCAUGGAAGCACUACGAAGAAGGUGGUUCCAUGAUGGGAGCUCUUGAUUUAGAGAUCAAAGAUCCAGACACUUACAUGGAGGAGAUAAGCACGGUGUUCAAAUUGGGGCUCAUUUGCACAAGCACGUUGCCUUCAAGUAGGCCAUCGAUGAAAGAUGUUCUCGAGAUUCUUAAAAGAUGUAAUCCGCUUGAUCUACUACCCGAAGAGGUGAAACAUGGAAGGGAAGAGUUUGCUGUUGCACCUCUUCUCAGGAGAGAAAGUUACGUCACGAGUUAUCACUGAAGUGAGGAUAUCCUCAACACGAAUACAUAAUGUUUAUCCCGAAAAGUAGCUAUACGCGCCAAGUGUGAGAGUAUUAUUAUUAUUACACUCUGAGAUAUCUAACAGUAAUACUAUCUUGUUGUAAUGAAUGUUGUAUUAUACUAUGAAUGUAUGCAUCAGAAGCAACUAAUGAGCUUACAAAACCGCCCCAAA